GGAUGAGAAAUGUGCACACAAGAAUUUUUCCAGGCUCAGCGGAGCCAGUUGGUGAGGCGGCUGGCCUUGAGGUCAUUGGAGAACUUUGAAAGUAUCUUGGACUAUCUGCUGUCUUGGGAAGUGCUUACUUGGGAGGAUUAUGAGAGUGUAAGCCUCCCUGGGCAGCCCCUGUCCACGUUGGCUCGACGCCUCUUGGAUAUUGUCUGGAAUAAGGGCGGGCAAAGCUGUGAGCUGCUCUUUGCUGCAGUGCGGAAGGCAGAAGGAGCAGAUGAGCAAGCAGAACCGGAAGGCCAGUGGAGUCAGAACAUGUCCUGUCCAGCCCAGGACCUGCAGAGACAUAGGCCGUUGAUUGUCAGGAAAAUCUAUGGUCAUGUGGAAAGCAUUUUAAACCUCUUACUUGAACGUGGUUUCAUCACCAAGUAUGAAUGUGAUGAAAUCAGGCUGCCGAUAUUUACAUCAUCUCAACGGGCGAGAAGGCUUCUUGAUUUUGUGAAAGCGAAAGAAAAUGGAGUGGCUCGAUUUCUCCUUCAACAUGUCCAGCAGUUGCCUGUCCUGCCAGCCCCAUUCCCUGAUGCUACUGCAUGUAAGAAGUACCUGGCCAAGCUGAAGGCCACAGUGUCAGCCCAAUCUCGUUUCCUUAGCACCUAUGAUGGCACUGAGAACUUAUGCCUAGAGGACAUAUACACGGAGAACAUCUUAGAGAUUCAGAAGAACCUCGGGGUCAGGGCCCCCAGCCAGAAAUGCCACGACACCCUGGAGCUCCUGGACAUCUUCAGUGACAGUGGUUGCAUCAAUGAAGAUGCUGACACGGUGCUCCUGGUGGGAGAGGCUGGCAGUGGGAAGAGCACUCUCCUGCAGCAGCUCCAUCACCUCUGGGCCACAGGCCGACACUUCCAGGAUUUCCUCUUUGUCUUCCCAUUCACUUGCCGACAGCUGCAGUCCGUGGACAAGCCUGUCUCUGUGCAGACCCUGCUGUUUGAGCAGUGUUGCUGGCCAGACGAGGGCCAACAGGAGGUCUUCCAGUACCUGCUUGAUCAUCCUGACCAGGUCUUGCUCACUUUUGAUGGGUUUGAUGAAUUCAAGUUCAAGUUUACAGACAGGGAGACGCACUGUUCCCCAACUGACCCCACGUCUGUCCAGAGCCUGCUCUUCAACCUUCUCCGAGGCAAUCUGAUGAAGAAUGCCAGGAAGGUAUUGACGAGCCGGCCCCACGCCAUCUCCCCUUUCCUCAGGAAGUACGUGCAGAAGGAACUGAGCCUGAAGGGCUUCUCCCAGGAGGGGAUCGAGCUGUUCAUGAGGAAGCAUCACAGCGACCCUGGGGUCGCGGAUCGGAUUGUCCAUCUGGUGAGAGCUGCCUCGGCCCUGCACGGCUUGUGCCACAUGCCUGUCUUCUCCUGGAUCGUGUCCAAGUGUCAUAAGGAGCUCCUGCUGCAUGGCUGUGGCUCCUUGAAGACAACCACAGACAUGUAUCUUCUGAUCCUGCAGCAUUUUGUGCUGCACGCCUCCCCUGAGGAUGGGGGGUGGCGCCCUGGAACUAGCUCCCUUCGGCCUUGGCUCCCCACCAUCCUGCAUCUGGGCAGACUGGCCCUGUGGGGCCUGGGCACUUGUAGCUACGUGUUCUCUGCCAAGCAGCUCUGGGAGUCUGGGGUGGAGGAGAAGGACCUUUCCUUGGGCUUCCUGGUGCCAUCAAAGAGCUUCUCUCAGGAGAGCUCGGCUCCUGUGGAAUUCCUGCACAUCACGUUGCAGUGUUUCUUUGCCGCUUUCUAUCUACUGCUUGAUGCUGAUGUCACCCCCUCUGUCAUCAGACACUUGUUCAACCAUCACAAGAAGCCCAGUCGACCGCUGGCUUGGCUGUUUCCUGUGUCCUGUAUCCAGUCCCCUGAGCGAGAGGAGGCAAGUGUCGCAGAACUCCUGCAGAAAGCUGAGCCCCACAACAUCCAGAUCACUGCUGUUUUCCUGGCUGGCCUGCUGUCCCAGGAGCACUGGGGCCUGUUAGCAGAGUGCCAGGGAGCCUCUACCCCACUUCUCCAAAAGCAGAACCUCACCCGGUGGUGCCUGGCCCGAGGCCUCAGGAGGCACUUCCAGUCUAUUCCACCAGCUGUGCCCGGUGAGGUCAAGAGUAUGCAUGCCAUGCCUGAGUUUGUCUGGCUGAUCAAGAGCCUCUAUGAGAUGCAGGACGAGCGCCUGGCCCGGGAAGCUGUGUGCAAGCUGGAGGUUGAGCACCUGAAGGUGACCUACUGCAACAUUGGUCCUGCCGAAUGUGCUGCCUUGGCUUUUGUGCUGAAGAAUCUCAAGCAACCUGUGGCCUUACAACUGGACUACAAUUCAGUGGGAGACAUUGGUGUGGAGCAGCUCCUGCCAUGCCUACAUGUCUGCCAGGCUCUCUACUUGAGAGAUAACAACAUUUCUGACCAGGGGAUCUGCACGCUGGUUGACCAAGUUCUGCAGUGUGACCACUUUCAGAAGCUUGCGUUGUUCAAUAACAAACUGACGGAUGACUGUGCUCACUCUUUGGCCAGUCUUCUCAAGAACAAGCAGAACUUCUUGGCAUUGAGGUUGGGGAACAAUCACAUUACUGCAGUGGGAGCCAAGGUGUUGGCAGAAGGCCUGAAACACAACGAUUCCCUUCAGUUUUUGGGUCUCUGGGGCAAUGCAGUGGGAGAUGAAGGAGCUCAGGCACUCGCAUCCGCCCUACAUGACCACCGCAGCUUGAAGUGGCUCAGCCUGGUGGGGAACAACAUUGGCAGUCUGGGUGUCCAGGCCUUAGCUCUAAUGCUAGAGAAGAACGUUUCGCUGGAGGAUCUCUGCCUUGAAGGGAACCAUCUUCAAGAUGAAGACAUGUGUACCCUGGUGCAUGGACUUAAGAAAAAUUCAAGUUUGAAAGUCCUUAGGCUUUCCAACAACGGCAUUACCCACAAAGGUGUUUCUGCCCUCCUUCAGGUUCUGCAAAGUAAUUCUUCUAUCAAAUCAAUCUGGCUCAGAGGGAACACUUUCACUCCAGAGGAGAUUGAGCAGCUCAGCCUCGUGGAUGCCAGACUUUUGCUUUGAUCACUAAGAGCCAAUUUGUUUGGGGAGUUUUGAGUUUAGACCUUGUAUACUAGGAAAUUUGGUUUGAUGUAGAACAUCACAUUCGGAUUGAACUCUGUUCUCCCCAGUUCCUGUUAGCCCCUGGAUGUUGAGUUAGACAGUUUAAUACUUUCAGAUUGGAGCAGUAUUUGAUACUUGAGGAUCUCUCUCUAAAGUCUAUUUCCAUCGAACCCUUCCCAGAUUCCAUCCCCAGAACACAGUGACUGUAAACUGAAAUUUGAGUGACAAAAUCUAAUGAAUCCCUCUAGUUGUUGGUGGGCAUCUCUUGGGUGGAUAAUAUGUGGCCUUAUGCUUCACCCUUCUGAGGCAGAGGGGAGUAAGUUCUGUUAGCUUUGAGUGUCUGCUAUUGUACAGAAUACUGUGCUACUCAUGAAAAUACUACCUGUUUAUGGUUAAAAGGGGAGGAUUGGGGGAUGGUGAUGAAGCUGAAGGAAGGAAAAGUUCAGGAAGAAUGAAUGUCUCCUUAGCUCUUUCUCCUGGGCCUCAGAUGCCAUCCUGGAUCACUGCCCUGAAUCCAUGCUCUUGUCAUGAAUCCUGGGCCCUGCAUCUAUUUGCCCUUCCAGUCAACAAAUCAACCAAUCAACCAACAAGCAUAUGUUAAAUGUACACUGCGAACCAAGUACUGUCCUAGGUGCUGAACAUAGAAAUAAAAACAUGAGUUAGGCCUUGCAUUCGAGGAGCUUACAUUCUAGACACACAACACAUACUACCCUGUUGUGGUGCUUCUUCAUGUGUUGAAUGGGUCAG